AUGGUCAAUGUGGCAGGGCGCUCGAAAGGAUGCCAUACUUGCAGGAAGAGGAAAAUAGCACUUCCUGAGCAGUGCGAUCUCCAGAAACCCGUCUGUGCCAAAUGCAUCAAAUCCAAGCGAGUGUGUCUCGGCUACGAGCGCAAUUUGGUCUUUAUUGCUGAUCCCCAAUCAUCGACGGCCCGACCAACACCUACUACUACUGCAGUGGAGGACGACGCCAGUCCUACCUGGGCCACCACUUCUCCAUAUGGAAGAUCAGCCAGAUCUCCCUCUCAAGGGUCUUCUGUGCGACCCGCUGCUCUGAAGAGACGGAGCCAGGGCAGUCAGAUGGCCAAGGCCGUCCUCAGCCUGCCCGUCUCUUCAGCUCCAGCUUGCCGGCGUCAGUUGUUCGCCGCCUACCUCGAGGUCCACGUUCCCUUCGACCACAUCCAGCCCCAGGAAGAUUCUUGGAUGCCAUUACUGUGGCAAUACGAAGGCUGGCCCCUGUGCCUGGAGUAUGCAGUCUUGUCGGUUUGUCUGGCCAAACUCGGUCGCGCAUCCAAUGACGCCUCCUUCACCCACGAAGCCAUGACAUGUUAUGCAAAUGGAUUGCGCGGACUUCGCGUGGCGCUUCUGAACUCAGACAUGGCCAAGCGAGACGAGGUCCUCGCCGCCUGUAUGCUUUUGGCAACCUACGAGACCAUGGAGUGCCCGGAAGAUUCGAGGUCGGCAUAUAUAUGCCACCUUCAGGGUUGCGGCCGUCUGAUUCAAUUUCGCGGGCCUCGGGCGCAUACCUCUGCCUUAGCCCAUCAACUUUUCCGAAUGUAUCGGGCGCAAGCGAUUUUAGAAGCUCUGCGUCCACCUCACACAAGUUUCCUACUCGAGCCUGACUGGAUGAACGUGCCUUGGCAAAAGUCAAGGAAAUCCUCUCUCGACCGGAUCUUGGAUCUGCUUUCAUCGGGCCCCGUCAUCUUCCAACAGGUCCGGCAGUUUCAACAUCUCCAGGAGCGGCCAAAAGAGCUCGUGUCUGUGGCGCUAGACAUCCUAGACCAAUGCUUAAGGCUACACAAGGAGCUCGAGCGAUUCUAUGAAAGGCUGGCCAAGAGCCACAAAUCUCGGGGCCAGCUGUACUGGCCGCGCUUUUCUCAAUCGCAAUUCGUAUCCGUGUCUGCGCCUGCCGUCGAUAACUUGAAUGUCUUCCCUGUAUGCUAUGAAUUCCCCGACCUCACCACCGCCAAUAUCCUGAUGUUCUAUUGGGCCACUCUCACAAUGCUCAACUCGGGCAUCUCCUCUCUACACAAGCUCCUUUCUAGCUUGACAGGAGAGACGGGUUUCCAGAAACCCUUUCUACGGACACACCGUCUGCCGCGGCGGAAUUCAGACGUGCCGCUUUCCAGCGGUGACGAGGACUAUGGAACAAAACUCUCCCCCAGCCAUGGGCAAUCAAGCAAGUCGACGCCCGAGCCCGAGCCCGAGCCCGUUCCGAACAUGAAGUCCAGUCUAGAUCUGGAUACGGAUACGGGUACGGAUAUGGAUAUAGAUCCCAUCGCCCCAGCCCGCAACGUCUUCCAGUCGGUGGAAUACUGUCUGCACGAACAGAUGUUGGGACUGGGGCCGGCAGUUGCGGUUGCUCCCAUCAUGAUUGUGUUGGAGACGCUUCAUGAUCGGAGUGAUUUCCAGCGUGAACGGCAAUGGGCACAAGCUGUCCUCGACUAUGUCGCCAGCAGAGGCGCUCGAAUAGUUACCACCAAGGACUGA